AUGUCGUCCGGGAAGAAUGAGCAGCCCAAUGAGGCUGAAAAGAACAUUGAGAUCUGGAAGGUCAAGAAGCUAAUCAAGCGCCUCGAAGCAGCCCGCGGAAAUGGCACAUCCAUGAUUUCCCUCAUCAUCCCGCCCAAGGAUCAGGUUUCACGUGCCGCGAAGAUGUUGGCUGAAGAAUUCGGUACCGCCUCCAACAUCAAGUCGCGCGUCAACCGUCUCUCCGUCCUGUCCGCCAUUACCUCGACCCAGCAGCGCCUCAAGCUCUACUCAAAGGUCCCGCCCAAUGGCCUCGUUGUCUACUGCGGUGAAAUUAUCACCGCGGAAGGCAAGGAGCGCAAGAUCAACAUCGACUUCGAGCCCUUCAAGCCUAUCAACACGUCGCUAUACCUUUGCGACAACAAAUUCCAUACCGAGGCCCUGAGCGAACUGCUAGAGUCGGAUCAGAAGUUUGGCUUCAUCAUCAUGGACGGAAACGGUGCGCUCUUUGGCACUCUGUCUGGAAACACGCGUGAGAUUGUCCACAAGUUCUCCGUCGAUCUCCCCAAGAAGCACGGCCGUGGUGGUCAAUCCGCUCUGCGUUUCGCCCGUCUUCGUGAAGAGAAGCGCCACAACUACGUCCGCAAGGUCGCCGAACUGGCUGUACAGAACUUCAUCACCGCCGACAAGGUCAACGUAGCCGGUAUUAUUCUCGCUGGUUCCGCCGACUUCAAGAACGACCUCAACCAGUCCGAUCUGUUCGACAACCGUCUGCAGUCCAAGGUCAUCAAGGUCGUCGACGUGUCCUACGGAGGCGAGAACGGUUUCAACCAGGCCAUCGAGUUGGCUGGCGAGACCCUCAGCAACGUCAAGUUCAUUCAGGAGAAGAAGCUCAUCAACGAGUACUUUGACCACAUCUCCAAGGACUCCGGCAAGGUCUGCUACGGUAUCGACGACACCCUGAAGGCUCUGGAGGCUGGUGCUGCUGAGACUCUGAUUGUCUUUGAGAACCUGGAGAUCACUCGCUGGGUUCUCAAGAGCUCUGCGGGCGCGGAAAUUAUCCUCCACACCACCAAGCAGCAAGAAGAGGACCGAAGCAUAUUCAUGGACAAGGAAACCGGCCAAGAGAUGGAAGUCAUCGAUCAAGGCUCUAUGCUUGAGUGGCUCGCCGAAAAGUACCGCGACUUUGGUGCCAACCUGGAGUUUGUUUCCGACCGUUCUUCCGAGGGCAACCAGUUCGUCAAGGGCUUUGGUGGUAUCGGCGCCAUCCUCCGUUAUGCGCUCAACUUUGAGCAACUGCAAGACUUCGACGAAGAUGAAGAUGAAUUCUACGAUGAUUGA